CCUUGUAUGUGGGUCCAGAGCUCGGGCCGUGCCAAGAUCCAAAAAUUCAAAGUAACUUUGUACCCCAGUCAAUAAUUUGAACCUCAAAUCGUCAACUCAAACCAUCCCACCUUGCCUUGCCUUGCCGCAACAAAACCCCAAUUGCACCACCCGAGAUCAAAUCACCCGGUCGAGCCGAAGGAUGGCGGGUGGUCUAGUCAAGUACCGACACUUGAGUCGGAAGUCGUCGCAUCGACAAGCCCUACUGCGAAACUUGGUCACGGCUCUCGUCCAGCACGAAUCCGUCCGAACGACAUGGCCCAAGGCCAAAGAGACACAGCGUCUCGCCGAAAAGCUCAUUACUCUCGCUAAGAGGAACAACGAGACUAGCAGACGGAAAGCUACGGGUAUAUUAUUCACCCCCCAAAACCUCCUCCCCAAACUCUUCGGCGAGCUGCGCCAGCGCUACGCCUCGCGGCCAGGCGGAUACACGCGCGUCCUGCGAACGGAGCCCAAGUCCCGCUACGACCAGGGCGACUCGGCCAUCCUCGAACUAGUCGACGGGCCCAAGGAUCUGCGGUUCGCGAUGACGGCUGCUGCCUUUGCGCGCGAGCAGCGCCUGGGCCGCCCCCACAACGCCCUCACCCUGCUCAACCGCCAGAAAGUCACGCGCUUCCGGCCCGGCGGCCAGGCUGCCUUCGACGAGAUGGUGAAGAGGGUUGAGGGGUUGCGGUUGGGUGGGAAGGGCGCUGGUGCGCAGGGUGAGGGGGAGGCUCCUGCUAGUUAGAGGGUGUGGUUGGUUUUAUGAGGGGGGAAGUGGAAGAGUUUGGUUUGGUCUGGUCUUGCUAUUACGGGUGGGAAUCUAAGAACACUGAAACUACCGACCUCGAGUGCUUCAAGUUAGAAGCCGUGGGGUGUUG